GAGGGGGGGGGGGGGGGGAGACGGACGAUGGGGCUCCUGACCAUCCUGAAGAAGAUGAAGCAGAAGGAGAGGGAGCUGCGGCUCCUCAUCCUGGGCCUGGACAACGCCGGGAAGACCACCAUCCUCAAGAAAUUCAACGGGGAGGACAUCGACACCAUCUCGCCCACCUUGGGCUUCAACAUCAAGACCCUGGAGCACCGGGGGUUCAAGCUGAACAUCUGGGACGUGGGCGGGCAGAAGUCCCUGCGGUCCUACUGGAGAAACUACUUCGAGAGCACGGACGGCCUCAUCUGGGUGGUGGACAGCGCCGACCGCCAGCGCAUGCGGGACUGCCGGCGGGAGCUGGAGAACCUCCUGGUGGAGGAGCGCCUGGCCGGGGCCACCCUCCUGAUCUUCGCCAACAAGCAGGACCUGCCCGGAGCCCUGUCUUCCAGCGCCAUCCGAGAGACCCUGGAGCUGGACUGCAUCCGCAGUCACCACUGGUGCAUCCAGGGCUGCAGCGCCGUGACCGGCGACAACUUGCUGCCGGGCAUCGACUGGCUCCUGGACGACAUUUCCAGCCGCGUCUUCACGGCCGACUGAGCCGCCCGCCCAAGCUCCGGACCCUGGCCCGGCGGCCCCGACCGAGCCCCCCGAGCUCCCCCGGGGGGACCCCUCCGGGCCGGACUCCGGCCGGACCUCUUCCCCCGGGCCCUCCUCUCUCUGCACCCCAUAGCCGGCCCUGCUGCUGCUGCUCACCUCUGGUUCAACGGGAGAGGACCCCCUGUCCCCCUCCCCCCGGCUGCUCAGAGGAAGCCCCGUCCCCCCCCCCGUCCCGCGGCCCCUUGGGGGACGGCGUGGGGGAAACUGAGGUUCUGCUCCUCCGUGGUCUGGGGGCGUUCCUCCCUCUGCUCAGCUGAAACAAUAAAGCACUGAACCCAU